AUGAUCUGCCAGGAUGCCAUUGGAGAGACGGAUAGGCAUCCAUCCCAUGAGCUAUUAAUGGGUACUUCCAUCAACCUUAUGUCUAGAGUAAAAAAAUGCAGGGCCUCCAGCCCAACCCUAGUCCCAGUUCCUUCACCAAAACAACUGCAACAUUCUACCAGGAUGAAUCAAGACCUCCAGCCUGCUCAGGACAUGUUUAUGGAGGUUGCAAUGGAUGUUGAAGAAGGAAAUGGCACAGGCGCCCAAGAUAACAGUAGCAACAAUCACAGAGGGUGGGGACGGUUUGAAUCUCAAGACUGUGUUCCGGCCUAUGGUGCUCUUCUUACUAAGGGACAAGCAAAGAGCACCACUUUCUGCAGUUUAAAGUGGGGCAGGCUUCGUACAAAGUACAAUUUAGUGAAGCCCAUCACCAACUUGUCAGGCAUUCCUUGGGAUGAUCAACCUCAAGGUUUACAGCUUCAUACAAAGUACAAUUUAGUGAAGCCUAUCACCAACUUGUCAGGCAUUUCUUGGGAUGAUGAGCUAGGUCUUAACAUACUUGAUGAAAGAGAAACAGUCUGGAAGGAACUCAUUACAAAAAAUCUGGUAGCAAAGAGCUUUUGGAAGAAGGGCUGGACCCAUUUUUCCGCCAUGCAUGCCUUGUUGGGUGGAGUCCCAGCCAAGGGUACCAAUGUAUUCUGUGUCCCCAAAGUCCCGAAGCAUGCUAAGGCCCCCAAAGCCCCCAAACUACCACCUUCCAUUAAUGUUCCCUCCAAUCAGCCUAACACUGGUGCCUUUGCAAUGAAUACCAGCACCACCAGCCCUGAAUCAUCUGGCGGCGUAAAAAGUUGGAUUGGUGGCGUUGAGUCUCCAACAUCUAUCCAUGCUCCCACCACCUCAUCUAUAACAACUAUCAGCAGCAAGCGCUCAGCACGAGAUGCCGCACUCUCAGAUGAUAACACAGAGGAUAGCACUACUGUCAUAUCUCGCACCAAGAGUGCAGGCAAUGGCAGCAAAGGCUCUAACAAGGCCCCACGCAACACCACUGCCAAUGCUCUCAGUGGGUUGAACAACUGGUUGGGGGAAAUCAUCCCCAUCUUCAAGGACUUCAACUCAAAACUCAACAUCAGCCUUGCUCCACCUGCCUCCCCAGUUAUUGCCCCUUUGCAAAUGGCUUCGGUGGAAAACUGCUCCACUAUGUCUACCACUGCAGCUUGUCUAUGCAGCCAGCCCAUGCUCACCAUUGUGCUGCUAUCACCUUCAUGA